AAUUUUAUUUUUUUUUUUUUUUUCAUUGACUCAUUGACGUGAAAACAUAGACCGUUAAUUAACGUUGGGCAUGCAACGUUAAGCCAAAAGAUAGUGUGUUAGCAUCGUGUCUGAUGGCUCGUACAUCAAAUGUGGGCCUGCAGAGUACGUUAACGACACCGGGUGAAUAACAUUACAAGGUAAAUUAUGUUAGUUUGCCCGCAAAAAUGCGUUAAUUGCAUAAUCUGUGUUGUAAAUACGUUUGCCGGGUAUCUGUAUUACUUGCACUUAUGUGUUCAAUACGCUGGUAAAACGCAAAUGUACAUUGCUAGCGAGACAAGCUACUUUUAAGCCAGUCCGUUAGCUUCGAGGCCCACCUCGUUGCAUUCAUUCGCUGGCUAGCAUGCUAGUUAGCUGAUCCGCUAACACUCACGGAGGGGGUGUGUGGCGUUCCAAAAUGGCGGCUUGUAUUUUUGCAACGUUCGAUUCAGAUGUUGCUCAAAUGUUAGGCCUUGAAUAUUUGCCUCACGCGAUCGAGUUUUUCCACUUGUCUCUAAUGGCUGUGUACCGUUUUAAAGUACAUACGUUGGGUGUUUCUUUUUUAUUCAGCAUUUCUGGUAGCUAGUUAGCUCUUAUGAUUCCAGCUAAUGUUGGCUAAUAACGGCCUGCAGAUGAAUAAAUGGCUGGUGUUUGCUAGGUAGCUAGCGCUAACGCAGAUGCGUCGAUCGUGAUUUGCUAAAUUGACUGUGGGGAUAACACGUUUAGCUAUGUCAGCAGAGCAGAUGACAAUCCGGCGGACGUAAAUGUAAAUCAUGUUGAUGUUUAGUUAGUUUAUACUUUGAUGUUUGACAGUGUUUUAAGUGAAACGUGUGGCUAGUGACGGUAGUCGCCGCUGCGGUAAGCCAGGCCCGCACAGAGACAGCGCGGGGAUUUGCUGCUUCAUUGUAUGGACGACGACCAGACGGCAUGGAGCUCGCCAUUUUUAAUGAUCUCUGUUAUUGUUAGUAAGCUUUUGUAGCCAGGGCCACCUAUGUUACCGUUUUAGUAAGCGUUUUACACGCAGAACACCCGACCUAAACACCAUUUUAUAAAGUUUGUUUUUUUGUUAAAUGUCAACUCUGUACAGGAUAUUGGCUUGAGGGAGCCUUCAGCAUCACUGCGUCAUUUGGUCCCAGUGAUUUUAUGAUCUGUUCGCACACACUUUGUUAUUUUCCUGCAUGCAAAUUAUAUUUUAUUUUAUAUAAUUUCAGAAAUGAGCAAGUGGAACCAGCACCGGGCAUCAUUUAUAUGUUUCAAUCGUUGAUUUUAAUAUUUGUCUUCCUAGCAGCAGGUGCAUUCACCAGACUUCCUCACCCUUAAUUGCUGGUUUACCCAUGUUGGAUUCUCUCCCAGUGCACUGCAGCCUUACAAGGGCAGUGAAAACAAGUUGACAUAAUAAACACAUAACACCUUUCCUUUACUGCAUGAGGCUUCAUACAGUUGCGGUGUAAUCCAUCUUCUGCUCUUCAUAUCUCCGUCAUUUACCACAGCAAUCCUACCAGGAGGCCAGGCUGAUGCGGCCACACCAUCAGUGUUAAUGUUUGCCACGGCUCUCGUAACAUGUAGGAAAUUAUUAGAAAACAAACAUAAUACAAUUUCUAAACAUAUAUCUUUCCUAUAAAAUCCAGUUUGUCUAAUAGGACAUAAUUAAGUACUAAGAUGUAAGUAGAUAAUUGCUUCACAGUCAUUCAGUGUUAUUGAUUCUUCAUGAGAUUGUUGAGGGGAUGUUUUCAUACCUUUACUGCAUUGGUCCACAGGAGAAACAUAAGUUACUUAGUCUAAUGCAUCAAACAGCAUUUCAGCAUCUUCGUGCCAAGCAAGUGUAGCAGGAUCGACUGUGCUCUUAUAACCUUGUUGCUGUAGGUUAAAAGCACACCUGGAGUUUUUCUGUUUGCCCAGAAUACAGUUGUCUCAGGAGAAAAUCUGUCUUGAUGAUGAUUACCGUUAAUGAAAAAUUAGGAAAGAUUAGAAUACUUUCUUGGCACUUCUCUCUUGAAAUUGAAAGUCGUAGCAAGUAUUAAAAUACUGAGAUGCUUCUUGGAAAUAUUUAUAAAUGAAUCAAUGUGUUGAGAUGCUUCGGAUUUCCACCUUUCACCUGUGUAGUUUUGAGUGUGUUGUUUUUUGUCAUAUAUUAAAUUAUUGGAACCAUAUCCAGCUUCAGCUUGUGGAGAUUGCGGGGUCUGAUGAAUUAGGAAGUACUUCUCAGAGGUUUCUGGAUAGACCGGCACAAUGGGCGGGGCAAGAAGUUGUCAUGGAUUUGACUGACAGACCCCAUUAGCACCAUGUAAUCCACUUGAGGAAACGAGGUCAGUCUCCUGGAGGACUCGGCCAGUAACGUUACCUGGAGAGACACACACCCACAACUGACACCAUUGCAGCCGUCAGCUCGGAGGAAGACAAGGAUCCCAGAUACACGUGAAAUACAGUCUGGAGACACAGACGACCCUCCAAGAAUCCCGGCCAACCCAGUGAUCAAUGGUAACGUGGCCAUGGCAGAUGGACACAACAACACAGAGGAGGACAUGGAGGAUGACACCAGUUGGCGGUCAGAGGCGACUUUCCGCUUCGUAGUCGAGCGCUUUAGCCGCCUGAGUGAGUCCGUGCUCAGCCCGUCCUGCUUCGUCCGGAACCUUCCGUGGAAGAUAAUGGUGAUGCCGCGCUUCUAUCCCGACCGGCCACACCAGAAGAGCGUGGGCUUCUUCCUGCAGUGUAACGCAGAGUCCGACUCCACGUCAUGGUCGUGCCACGCUCAGGCCAUGCUGAAGAUCAUCAACUACAAAGACGACGAGAAGUCCUUCAGCCGCAGGAUCAGUCACCUGUUCUUCCACAAAGAGAAUGAUUGGGGCUUCUCCAACUUCAUGUCCUGGAGUGAUGUGACCGAUCCAGAGAGGGGCUUUGUCGAUGAUGACAAAGUCACAUUUGAAGUCUAUGUCCAGGCAGAUGCCCCACAUGGAGUGGCAUGGGAUUCAAAGAAACACACAGGCUAUGUUGGACUAAAGAACCAGGGAGCUACCUGCUACAUGAACAGCCUGCUACAGACACUGUUCUUCACCAACCAGCUACGACGGGCGGUGUACAUGAUGCCCACAGAGGGAGACGACUCCUCCAAGAGCGUUCCCCUGGCUCUGCAGAGGGUUUUCUACGAGCUGCAGCACAGCGACAAACCCGUCGGCACCAAGAAACUCACCAAGUCCUUUGGAUGGGAAACACUAGAUAGCUUCAUGCAACAUGAUGUACAGGAGCUGUGCAGAGUGCUCCUGGACAAUGUGGAGAACAAAAUGAAAGGCACCUGUGUUGAGGGAACUAUCCCCAAACUCUUCAGAGGAAAGAUGGUGUCAUAUAUCCAGUGUAAGCAUGUGGACUACCGGUCAGAGCGGAUAGAGGACUACUAUGACAUCCAGCUAAGCAUAAAAGGAAAGAAGAACAUCUUCGAGUCGUUCAAAGAUUAUGUUGCAACUGAACAGUUGGAUGGCGACAACAAAUAUGACGCAGGAGAGCACGGCCUGCAGGAAGCAGAGAAGGGGGUGAAGUUCCUGACCUUCCCUCCAAUCCUCCAUCUGCAGCUGAUGAGGUUCAUGUAUGACCCGCAGACCGACCAAAACAUCAAGAUUAACGACAGGUUUGAGUUCCCGGAUCAGUUACCUCUAGAUGAGUUCCUUCAGAAGACGGACUCCAAGGACCCGGCCAACUACAUCCUGCAUGCCGUGCUUGUGCACAGCGGGGACAACCACGGCGGUCACUACGUCGUCUAUCUUAACCCAAAGGGAGACGGCAAAGUUAGUGUCAAGGAACCAAUUUGGUGUAAGUUUGAUGACGACGUUGUGUCGCGGUGCACCAAGGAGGAGGCCAUAGAGCACAACUACGGAGGACACGAUGACGACCUCUCAGUGCGCCACUGCACCAACGCGUACAUGUUGGUCUACAUCCGCGAGUCCAAGCUCAGCGAGGUGCUCCUGCCGAUGACUGACGUGGACAUCCCCCAGCAGCUGGUGGAGCGUCUGCAGGAGGAGAAAAGGGUGGAGGCACAGAAGAGGAAGGAGCGCCAGGAGGCUCACCUCUACAUGCAGGUCCAGAUCGUAACAGAGGACCAGUUCUGUGGUCAUCAGGGCAACGACAUGUAUGACGAGGAGAAGGUGAAGUACACCGUCUUCAAGGUCCUGAAGAGCUCCACGCUGCAGGAGUUUGUCCAGACCCUCUCUCAGACCAUGGGUUUCCCACAGGACCAGAUGAGGCUGUGGCCCAUGCAGGCCCGGAGCAAUGGAACCAAGCGACCAGCCAUGCUCGACUACGAGGCCGACUGCAGCAAGUCGAUGAUCGACCUGAGCGACAAUGAGAACCCCUGGACAAUAUUUCUGGAGACGGUGGAUCCAGAGAUGGCGGCCAGUGGGGCCACAUUACCCAAGUUCGACAAAGACCAUGAUGUCAUGUUGUUCUUGAAGAUGUAUGACCCCAAAACCAGAAGCUUAAAUUAUUGUGGACAUAUCUACACACCUAUAUCCUGCAAAAUAAGAGACCUUCUACCAGUCAUGUGUGAGAGAGCAGGGUUUCAGCAGGAAACUAGCCUUAUCCUCUAUGAGGAAGUAAAGCCCAAUCUAACGGAGCGGAUACAGGACUACGACGUCUCUCUGGACAAGGCCCUGGAUGAGCUCAUGGACGGUGACAUCAUUGUCUUCCAGAAGGACGACCCAGAGAACGACAGCAGCGAGCUGCCGACAGCCAAGGAGUAUUUCCGGGAUCUCUACCACCGGGUGGACGUCAUCUUCUGUGACAAGACCAUCCACAACGACCCAGGCUUCGUCGUCACGCUCUCUAACCGCAUGAACUAUUUUCAGGUGGCCAAGACCGUAGCUCAGAGGUUGAACACUGAUCCAAUGCUGCUGCAGUUCUUCAAGUCACAGGGGUACAGGGACGGUCCAGGGAAUCCUCUCAGACACAACUAUGAGGGAACGCUGCGGGACCUGCUGCAAUUCUUCAAGCCUCGGCAGCCCAAGAAGCUCUACUAUCAGCAGUUGAAGAUGAAGAUAACAGACUUUGAGAACAGGAGGAGUUUUAAAUCCAUAUGGCUCAACAGCCAGUUCAGAGAGGAGGAGAUCACCCUCUACCCUGACAAGCACGGCUGUGUGCGGGACCUGUUGGAAGAAUGUAAAAAGGCCGUGGAGCUCUCUGAAAAAGGCUCCGACAAGCUCAGGCUGUUGGAGAUAGUAAGCUAUAAAAUCAUCGGGGUUCACCAGGAGGACGAGCUGCUAGAAUGUUUAUCUCCGGCCGCCAGCCGCACCUUCAGAAUAGAGGAGCUUCCUUUGGACCAGGUGGACUUGGACAAGGACAGUGAAAUGCUGAUCCCCGUCGCUCACUUCCACAAGGAAGUCUUCGGCACCUUCGGGAUCCCCUUCUUGCUCAAGAUCAGACAGGGCGAGUCAUUUCGUGAGGUGAUGAGGAGGAUUCAGGCCAUGCUGGACAUUCAGGAGAAAGAAUUUGAGAAGUUCAAGUUUGCGAUUGUGAUGAUGGGGCGGCAUCACUACAUCACCGAGGACGAGUACGAGGUCAACCUGAAGGACUUUGAACCACAGCCAGGUAACAUGUCCCACCCGCGGCCCUGGCUCGGGUUGGAUCAUUUCAACAAAGCUCCAAAGAGAGGCCGCUACACCUACCUGGAGAAAGCAAUCAAGAUCCACAACUAA